AUGAAGCCAAAGUAGGGAAAUUUAAUUUAACAAUAAUCAGAAUCCAAUAAUUUCUAGUAAAUCUAAUAGCCAUUUGGAAGUAAUUUGAAUGCUAACAAAAGGUUUAAUUAAAACUUUACUGAGACUUCGACUAGCGAUAAAAUAGCCAGAUAAUCACAGUUUACCAUUCCUCAUCCUAAGCCUUAAAAAGAUAUUCUAAAGUUUUCUGAAGAGAUAGUUGCUCCAAAAUAAUUAGAAUUCAAAAACUACUUCCUCAUGAAGCAGUUCAAAAUCCAGCAAGUCUUUGCUAGGCCUGAUUCUUCAUUUAUGGAUAUUUAAACUCUAUAUGAAUCAGAUGAAGUCUAAAAAAUGAUUUAAACAAGCUAAGAGAUUGUGCAGCAUUAAAACGUAAUUCAAGCUUGUAAACAAAACUUGCACACUUAAACCAAUUAAUUCGAAAAUCCAUUUGAAAAUCCAUAUGAGCUAGAGGCUAGAGUAAAUCAAUUUAAGCCUCCUUCCUCUUAUAGGCAAAAGUAUGAUGUUUUUCCCGAAGUGUAUGAAGACUAACAAGAUGAUUAGUUGAACUAGUAGUAUCAAGCAAUGUUAUAUGGAUCCUAAUAACCUUAGUAAUCAUAUUAUUAAGACUAAAUUGAAUUUGAAAUGGAAGAUGAGUCUAUAGAUUUCAAUUAUGGAGGCACUAUGGAUAAGAGUGUUUAUGGACACUCUACAAUCAAUGCUCAAUUCUAGAACUAGUCCUAGCACAUAGAGAACAUUUCUAAUCAAAACUAAUAUUCACAAAAAAUUAACAAUCCUAUCUUGGAUAUUGAGGGGAAAUGCAGUACUAAUGGGUCAAUUAGGGAUUAUAAUAGUACUCUUGCGCAAUAAAAGCCUCCCAAUAAAACCUAUGCUCUCAUUAAUACUAGUUCUAGCAAUAUCAAUAAUUCAGUCAAUCUUGGGACUAGCAAUCCUUAGAGCUAAACUAUGAACAAAAACAAUAAUAUCUAAGCAAUAAACAACAACAUUGUCUGCACCAAUAACAAUGAAAAAGAAAAUAUCAUGAAUAAAAAUACAAAUCAAAUUUUGUAAUAGCAGCUUAACAACUAAGGCAACUCAAAACAAAAUCAAAAAGAGUCACUUACCACUAAUUCUGUCUCAUCGACUAAUGCUCUCUAUUAGUUUUUAAAGAACAAGCAUCUUUCCAAGGAUAUAUAAAAGAGGAUGUCUAGUGAGCAAUCUAAUAAUUUAAGCUCAAACAGCAAUAGUCUGAAGGGAAACUAAUCAGGCAACAGACUAUACUUAGAAAAUGGUCAAAGAAUAGAUGAUGACAAAAGAGUGAAUAAAAAUACUUCUUAAAAUAGAAUUAAUUCUUUAAAGCAGCAGUAGAAUUCUUCAUUGAAGAAAAAUUAAUAGCAGCAUCCUAGUUUGGCAAUUAGAAAUUACGAGACGACAUCUUCAUUGAGCAAGGGUUCAUCAGCAAAUAACACUCCAUCUAAAUACAAUAAUUAUGGGAGUGGGAAUUAUCAAAGAUAGCUAUCAAACAGUUUAAAGAAAGUAAAAAGUGUCUCCUAAUUUCUAAAGACCUCUAAUUUCAAAGAAGGAUCAGAAUAAAAAAACCUGACUAAUGUUAGGAGUUCAUCUUCGACACAAUAACUAGUUGGUUUAAAGCCUGAUUCUACUAAAUCUCCAACUCAAUAAUUUAUAAAGGGGAUAAGCAACACAUCUAGUAACAUUAAUCUUCUUCUAAAUGAUUCAAUGACCCUAAAGCAUAACCCUGUUAACUAAACCUUCAAUAACAUAAGCUUUUAAAAUCAACACUCCAAAAAUUAAAAGAGUAAAAGCAACACUAAAGUAGGUCAAAGUAGCAAUAAUCCUAAUUCUUCACAACUUAACAAUAAUGCUCUCAAUCAAAAUUGGAUGAACACAUUUCUUGAACAUUAUGAUUCAAAGAUAUAAUAAUAAAUAAAAGGGAAGUAAACUUCAGUAUCAUAAAACAGAUAAGCCUCAACAAGUAAUGCUGCUCACAACAGUACUUAUCAGAAAUUUCUAUAUAACUCCCAACAAACAAAUCAAAAUUAAUUACAGAAAUAGAAUUCUAAAACAGGAAUCAGCAUAUCUUUAAAUAAAUCUACUAACAGCAUUACAGCUUUAGCAAAUAAUACAUACUCUGGUAAGAACGCUCAUAUUAAGAAUAAUAGCAGUGUCAAUCAAAAGAGAACUAGUGGAGUGGGGGCAUCAAACAGCACUCCCUCAACCAUCAUAGUUAAUAAUCCUUAAUCUUAAAAUACUUACGGCAAUACCUCUUCUAGUUUGAAUAUGAAUAAAUCAUAUCAGAAAUUAAAUAAGCCAACUAUUUAUUAAGAUCAGAAAGUUGGAAUUCAGGGCAAUUAGGUUAAUCAUAACCAAACUAAUGGUCAUCUAAAUAGUAGUAACCAUAGUAAAACCAUGAAGAAAAAUCUCUCGUUUUUGUCUAAUAGCAAUCAUAACGGAGAUUUCAACAUCACAUAUUCAUCUUAAAACUAUCAUUAAAAUCAAUAGAACCUUCUUAUAAAUAAUGGUAGUGCCAAUAAUCAAUCAAGUAAUAUGUAUAACGGUUCUUCUAAACUGAAUUCUGCGCAUAACAAUAAUAACACUACCACUGCCAGUUCAACAAAUCUCAAUAAAUCAUAGUCUUAAAUUCCACCACCAACUAGUCAGCAAUCUAACUAUCUAAAUAAUACUUAAAGUUCAUCAUAGAAUAGAUAUUCCUCUUUAAACUACCAUAAGAAUAGUCAUGUUAACAAUUAAAUUAAUAGAAAGAAAUCUAAUGCUCCUUAGAAUGGCAGUAACAAUCACCAGCAAAAUACCAUUAGUCAAAACCUAAGUAUAUCAAAUCACAAUAUUAAUUUGAAUAAAUCCUUGCAAAGCCAAUCAAAAAUAAACAUAAAGCCUACUUCAAGUGUAAAUCAAAGUGUGAUUAUUCACAAUACUAACACUUAUGGAGAUAGCAAACACAACUAAAGCAUGGUCUUACAUGGGAAUAAGCGAGGGUUAGUUUGCAAUGACAACUAAUUAAGUUUUCAAUUCGACGAUCUAUUGCGAAACCUUGAUAGGCAAGUAGAAACAUAGGCUCAUCCAAUCAAGAAGUUUCAGUUAGAUGACGAGAUUAAUCUUGAUAUCAUUCCAAAUGAGUAUGAAAUUGAAAAUGGAUCCCCCUCUGGCAUUAAGGGCAAGGAAUAGCACAAUCAAAGUAUGAAUGGUGGCAACUAUCACCAAAGAAGUGGAAGUAAUACCACUCAGAUUAAAAUAGUUGAUAACUAAUCUUCAAAUAGAUUUGAGACAGUCUGCUAAGUAUUGUAAUCUCAGUCUUAGUACAGCCUAGUUGAAAAGGAAUCAAUCAUAAGCAAUGUGUUCAAUGAUAUAAUCUCAUAAAUGAAGAACUAGCAAGAUGCUUAAAGUUUGAAUGUUAUCAAGGAGUACUAUCAAUCUUAGCUGAACAAAUUUAGAAAGGAAGAUAAAAAUACUGAUGACUAUAAUAAGGUCAUUUAAUAAUAUGAAAAUGAGAGAUAAAAGCGAAUACAGGCUGAGAAGAGAAUGACUUAGAUGUUUGAGGAAAUGUAGGCUUAGUAAUAAUGUCUUAUAAAUUAGGAGCAAUACUUAUCAAGUCUUAAAUAAGAGUAUAAGAAACUCUAGGAAAGUGAAAUUAGUAAUAAGAGUCUCAUCAAGUAAAUGCAAUCACUUACAGAUUCUAGAGUAAAUACAAGCAGUGCUGGUUGUUAUAGUAACACUUCAUCAGGUCUUAAUCAUAACACCUCACAAAGUAAUAUAAAAUUAAGUUCAAAUCAUAAGACUAAUCAUUAUUCACAGCAGCAAUAAAUCAUCCCAGGUAGAAUUUCACAUCCAAAUGGCUUGAUGAAUGGGAAGCAAGCAUCAGGCUAGAACAUAAUAGUGAUAAGCUAAAACCAGCAGAGCAUGCAUCACAAGAACAAGAGUGCUGCACCAGUCAUAAUUCCAAAGCUUGACUUAUCAAAGAUUAAGAGAGAUCAAUUCUACGAGAAUAACAAUCAUGAAAUACUGGAGGAGGAUGCUAUUAAUUCAGUCGAUAAAACGCAUGACUUCAUUGAAGAUUAAUCAGAUAUAGAGCCGAGUAGCACUUAUGGCGCUAAUGAUGCUGAAGUAGUAAUUAUUGAUGAUCUUAGAGUGCAUGAUUUCAGUGACUCUGAGGAGUUGAUCUUAAAUGACAUAAAGGCUUUGAAACAAAGUACUUUUGAACUCUAGGAGCAACACGAAAACCAAGUAAAGGAGACUAAAAUGAUGAAGCUUCUGCUAAGUGGAAUGCAAAAUGUUAGCAACGUUGAUGAUGACAUGCUAUCUUAAGAGUUUGAUUCAUACGAAUUAGAUAAGAGCAACCAGUCUGUUUUGCUCAAGAAAUCCUAUCAUAGUGUUUAUAUACCACCACUUGAUUUUUCAAAGCUAAAAAGCAACUACUAACCCUCAACAAAGGAAAGUUAAUAGUAAUAAUACUCAGUUAACUAGUCUCAAAGUCUUAAAUAAUCACAUCUAACUUAUAGCAAUUACCAGAAUAACUACAAAAAUCAAUCAUAAUAGUUAUCAAACUAUGACUCUCAUAAUCAAAGUUAGCAGAAGCUAAUGAGCAGCAGUAAUAAUAUCAGUAAUUACAAUAAAACGUAGAAUCAUUAGAUGAAUCAAAAUAAACAAUAAAAUCUGAAUACAUCUAUGAGUGGAGCAGGAAGCAAACCAACUGGCCUUGGCUUCAAACUAAAUUUAGAUGCUGUAAAGUAAAUGCAAAAACAGGAGUAAGUUGGAUUUCAGGAUGAAUUUAUGGCUAAGAUCGAUGAAUACUCUUAGUCCUGGAGAGAAGCUGCUUUAAAGGAGCAAAGAACCUGA